AUGGUUGCAUUCAAAUCGACUCUUCUCCUGGCGUUCACUACCGCUGUGGUGAAUGGUGGACUCAUCCCCAUCAACCUUGGCGCAACUGGUAAUGGAAACAUUGGUGCCACUGCCCCUGGAGCUGUCAAAGGAGCUGUAAACGCUGGAUCAUCUGCCAGUGGAGCCGUUGAUGGAGUCCUCAACGCCGCAGGCCACGUUUUCUCCACUGCCACUGGAGCUGUCCGGAUGUCUCUUUUACCUCAAAUACUCAGCUUUAUAGUCGGUUGGACCUAA